UAGGCCAGGGCGCACGCCGAGGACGCGGACGCGCGUGGCUGCGGGUCAGGGGAGCGGGGUCGCAGCUCACCAUGGCCGCGCUGCUGCGGAGCCUGCAGGAUUCACAGCUCGUGGCUCGCUUCCAGCGCCGCUGCGGGCUCUUCCCGGCGCGGGAGGACAACCCUCGGGAGGACGACGAGGGCCCCUCGGAGAGCGCAACGCGGGUCCCCGAGGUCGCGCAUCUUUCCGCCAACCCGCAGGAUUAUGUAGAGAAGCAUGUUGUGAAGAACUAUUUCUACUACUACCUGUUCCGGUUCUCAGCCGCUUUGGGUCAGGAAGUGUUCUACAUCACGUUUCUCCCCUUCACCCACUGGAAUAUCGAUCCUUACUUGUCCAGGAGAUUGGUCAUGAUAUGGGUUUUGGUGAUGUACAUCGGCCAGGUAGCCAAGGACAUCCUCAAGUGGCCUCGACCCUCAUCACCUCCAGUGGUGAAACUUGAAAAGAGAGUGGUUGCAGAAUACGGAAUGCCAUCCACCCAUGCCAUGGCGGCCACCGCCAUUUCCUUCACCCUCCUCAUCUCUACCAUGGACAGGUACCAGUACCCUUUCGCUCUAGGCCUGACGAUGGCUGUGGUGUUCUCUACAUUGGUGUGCCUCAGCAGACUCUACACGGGGAUGCACACAGUCCUGGAUGUCCUGGGCGGUGUCCUGAUCACUGCAUUCCUCAUUGCCCUCACCUACCCUGCCUGGACCCUCAUCGACUCACUGGACUCAGCCAGCCCUCUCUUCCCUGUGUGUGUCAUAGUCGUACCAUUCUUCUUGUGCUACAACUACCCAGUGUCUGACUACUACAGCCCAACCAGGGCGGACACCACCACCAUCGUGGCUGCUGGGGCCGGAGUGGCCCUUGGAUUCUGGAUCAACCACUUCUUCCAGCUUGUGUCCAAGCCCACCCCGUCUCUCCCCGUGAUUCAGAACAUCCCACCCUUGACCACUGACAUGCUGGUUUUGGGUCUGACCAAAUUUAUGGUGGGAAUCGUGUUGAUCCUCUUGGUUCGUCAACUUGUACAAAACCUCUCGCUGCAAGUGUUAUUCUCAUGGUUCAAGGUGGUCGCUAGGAACAAGGAGGCCAGACGAAGACUGGAGAUUGAAGUCCCUUACAAGUUUGUCACCUACACAUCGGUUGGCAUCUGUGCCACAACCUUUGUGCCAAUGUUGCACAGGUUUUUGGGGUUGCUCUGAGCCCCAGACAGUCGGAAGCUAGUUUGCUAAUGUGAGAGGCAAAAUGUGAGAACGUUGUUGGUUGGGACAACCUCAAAGCCUCCUAUUUUAAGGAAAUCUUUUGUCAUAGUUUUGUUUUGCUGAUGUAACGUAGACACUACUGCUGUGGCACCAGUGGCGUGAUUGGUCUGUAAGGACACCGGGCUGAAACCGCACCUGAGGUCUGUAAGACCACCCGUCCCCUUCCUGUUACAUGGACUUAGGACCUGGUCUUGGGUGGACAGGAAUUGUGGCCUGGCUUGGAAUGGCUACAAGCCCCAGCAGGCUCCAGAGAGCCAGCAGGCUUGAAGUAAUAUGAAGGCAGAGCACUUCUCUUCAGUUACAACUUUGUCAAAUGCCAUGUCUCAUUCCCCAAACCACCAAAAUGGAGUUCAGUCUGGGAGUAAGGAUGGCCCCUUAGAAUAUUGCACUCUUUGGACAGAGUGAUUUCUUGUGCUAUGAUCAGGCUAGACUGUGCCUGAGUAGGUGAUGAGACCAUUCUGAAAUAAAGCUUCCUGUGAGGAGACUGGAGACAAUAGCAGAGCUAUGAGGCCAUCAGGAAGAGCUUGCUUUCUUCUAGACCAGACUGCGUCCUCCAGGCAUUGUUAGUGAAGGAGAAGCUGAUCUUCCUUGCAAAUAGCCUACAGCAUCCCAUGGCUCCGUUUCUACAUUAGUGUAAGCAACAGAUGAUGGGCUACCAGCUCCUCAUGGGUGGAAAUGAGGACGCACUGAGACUCCCGCACUCUCCUGUCUGGUCUUUGGCACCUUCAGUGGCUUCCAUAUAAACUUAGAAGGUCCUGGAUCAGCACAAGAAUAGAUGAGUUUCUUCGUCUAGAAGCCUGACAAAGAGAAGCUAGGCAGCCCUGACAUUGUCAUCCCCCUAAUGUUACCUCAUCAUUGUUCAGCUACUUUCCAUAGGUCUUUUUAAUUAUUCACCUGCUAGGCAGAAUCAGGGACUUCCUCUCAGGCUUCCCACCUCUUCUUAUCUCUUGGCAAUUUUAAGGGUCAUUAAUGCAAAAAAACCUUCAGUCUAUUUUGGAAAAAUAAGCCAAUUAACUAUAAUACCCAUUCAACCUAGAGUGGUCCUCCUUGGGUCUUAGAAGGUAUUUAUGAAGUCAACAGCAGAGAGCUCCUUCCUUGGACUCCUCUUCAGAGCUUCAGAAUAAGGAUCAGGUAUCAACAACAUCCUGAAAGGAUGGUGUAAAUGUGUAGUCAUUGAUCUUUUGAGGGAUGAUGUCAGUAAGCCAACGUUUUGUGGUCCUAACACCUCAUCACUAUGGCACAUAUUGGACAAAAUUAACCACCCCUUUAAAGUUACCGGAGCUCAGACUUUUGUUUUCAAUGUGAAAACUAAGGCCAACAUUUUCUCUGAUUUUAAGUAUGCCCCAUGGCCUAUGUUGGAAUGAUGUUCUUUGGUACUGAAUAUAGUGCUUUAAUUUCUCAAGAAUAAUUCUUGGGUAUGGUGGUCCACACUUUUAAUCCCUGCCUCCUCCUCCCCAGUGCUGAGAUCUCUGAGUUUGAGGCCAGCCUGGUCUACAGAGCAAGUUCCAGGAUAGCCAAAGCUAUACAGAGAAACUUGACAAAACAAAUAAACAACAAACAAAAAAUAAUUCUUAACAAAAUGCCCAUCUUUAACUUAAAUUCUCUCAUUUAUCAUAGUUAAGAACAAGGAUGAAAAUGGCCCACAACUUGCUCUGACAGUAUUUCCGCUCUGUGGGCUGGGCCGCCCUGGCUUACAGGUUCUCUUGCGUAGGCCAGGCUCUCCAGGGCUUAGCUGGUGACGAGGCACUUCUUCCCUUUGUUUCUCUCCCCCUGCUCUCCCACCACCCCCAAGCUACCAAAAUAGAGCUUGUAACCCUGGCUAAUAUUCACACAGGAUGACUUUAGUUGUCUGAAGCCCAGUGACAAAAAUCUCAGUUUGCUCCACUGCAUCUUUACAGAAGAAGGGCUGUAUGUGUUGCCACAGCGGUGGGUGUGGUGACUAGGAAGUCAAAACAACAGGGAAGCUGACAACUGUGUGAGUGCAUUUAAGACUGUGUUUACAUAAUGUAGACGGAUGAUGAAUAUGUUAUGCAGACAACAUUAAACGGUGGCCUAAAAAUUUGUCACGACUGGUCACUCUUUGAUGUACUUGAUAACAGCAAAUGGAGGGAGAAAGUAUUUCCUGGAGAUGGCAAGUUCAGCUUUGGAUUCCUACAGCAUUGGUGUUAAAUGUUACUGCUUGGUCACAUUUCGCCUUUGGUGAGCCUUCUCCAUUCACUUCACUGCCCUCUUACACCUCAGCCUAGUAAACUGUCUCUUGGGUCUCCUUUCAGAACACUUGGAUUUUCUCUCUGGGGAAAGAGUGCCCCCUGCUGGUUUAGUUCCAGCCGUGGUCCAAAGGCCCUCUUGCUCUGGGCGGGCACGGUCACCAGAAUGCGUCCACUAUAAGCCUAGGCCUAACCAACCUUCACACCAAAGCUCUUAGGACUACUGGCCCCUCCAGAGAUCAGGAAUAAUAAUACACAUCUUCUCCCAUCUUGUUACUACUCCGGGCCAAGGCAUCCAUCUAAAACCUGCUUCCUAAACAGCUGUGCAGUUUGUGUCAUGUUUCCUCAGAACUGUACCGUACAUAGCUGAGUAUGCUAGAAAAAGACAUAGGCAAGAUUCCUAAAGGAACACCCUUUGAUGGCAGCCACUGAAGCCACUCCACACCGUGCCUGGUAACUUGGGGUUUUCUUGCCCAAAGACACAACUCAUCUUCCCAGGGUAAUCACAGCCUGUGGUAUUUCAGACCAUAUGUUUUAGAUUUCUAUUUUGGAAGUCUUCAGCUGUCUUGCUUAUGCACUGUAUGUAAAUUUAUUCUUUUUUUUAAUAAAAAUCUUUUUUGUUUGACUGUAGUUAUUAAAUGCUUUAAAAUCUGA